AUGCUGUUGCCCUUCUCCAGUUGCUUAUUUGUGUGGCUUUCUCUUCAACCUGCACUGUUCGCAAAAGCCGAGCAGGCGGCGCCAGCAGUGCAGCCGCUGCAGCCGCAGGAUGAUGACCUGCUGGUCGUGAGGCCGCCAGGUAUUGGCGCUUGGCCGGUGCCGAAGCUGUUUGAGCGGCAGGAGCGUGUCUGUACUGACCCGGCGUAUUCGACGCAAUGUGCGGCCGUGAUUGCAAAUGGGAACUGCUGUGGGACCUCUACUUAUUGUUGCCCCGAUAACCUUGCCUUCUGCUGCACAAAAGGCGAUACUGAACAUUUCUCACACGCCACCUCCAGUGCCAAGUCGUCAAAGGCGUCGAGAGCUGCUGCCCGCCCGACCGCGAAACCUGCGACGGGCGACAAUGCGCCCCCCUAG